AUGAGCUCGAAAUAUACUAGUUUGGAGAAGAUCUUGGAGCUUUCCCGGGUUUCCGCGUCGAAAUUCGUAACCAAAGCGCUGCCAGCAGCGCCCGUGGGCUCCAGAGGUACCUUUGGAGGCACUCUGGUGGCUCAAUCGUUGCUAGCCUCGUUGCACACGGUUCCUCAAGAUUUUGUUCCGAGUUCGCUGCAUUGCUACUUCAUAAGCGGCGGAGAUCCCUCCAAGAUGAUCGCCUAUGAUGUUCAAGACCUCAGACAUGGACGUAAUUUCAUCCACAAGCAAGUCAGAGCUUACCAGAGCAAGCGGCUGGUGUUCUCGACCAAUAUUCUGUAUUCUAGGGAGAAGAAAGAGCACGAUUCUCUGCAUCACUUGAAGACGGUCGAGUUGAAAGACAAACCCGAGGCGUUUGAGGACGGCGGUGAGCUCUUUAAGGCUAAAGUGGCUGGGAACGGGAAUGCGGAAAGAUAUGCUCGUCUUUCCGUGGGCCUCAAAGAAAUAGACCGCUUGCAGAAACACAUCGAGGCGUUCAAGUACGGGCCGAUCGAGUAUCGGUUCCCUCAUGACAUGUUUUACUCUCGGAAGCAUGCCGAUAUGUUGGAACAGUUUGUCCGCAUAAGAAAUGAAGUCACUUUUGGGGAGGAGAGACCUGACAGCGACUAUUCGCUGACUAUAACGCCACGAAAUGACGCUAGAUACAAUUACGUGGCAUUUGCCUAUCUCUCAGAUUCGUACCUUCUAUUGACUGUGCCUUACUUCCACCGACUGCCAAUGUACUCCCACAAAUUUAGCGUUUCUCUGGAUCACUGCAUUCAUUUCCACCAGCUUCCUAAAGUGAACGACUGGAUUUAUUUGCAGAUAAACAACCCAAGAUCGUUUUGGGACAAGCAUUUCUUGCAGGGCGAGUAUUUCAGUGCAUCAUCGGGUGAAAUAGUGGCUAGUGUUUCUCAGGAGGGGUUGGUGGUCUACGAUUCGGAGGAAACAAUCAGGGCUAAAUUUUAA